AUAGAUCCCUCACAUAAAGGUGGGACCGGAAGAAGCCCCCAAGCUCCAAUACCUGCGCUUUGCGUCUGUCAGUCUGUAUCCGAGUAAUGAAGACAUCAGCUUGGCUGUCUCCCAUAUCCUGAAGUCCUUCCACAACCCUUCCACCAGCCUUAUCUGUGCCAAGGCCGAAUGUUUACUCCGGCUAGAGGAACUGGUCCGCCAAUUCCUAAUAUCAAAAGACACCUUGUCUGUCCGAAUGUUGGAUGACACCAAUGAUCCAACGCCGUUAUUAAAGGAAAUUCGUGAUGACAAAGUAUCCACCAUCAUUAUUGAUGCCAAUGCAACAGUGUCCCACCUCAUUCUUAAAAAGGCCUCUGAGCUUGGUAUGACGUCUGCCCACUACAAAUAUAUUCUGACAACAAUGGACUUCCCUUUGUUGUCCCUGGAAGGGGUGGUGAGUGACCAUUCCAAUAUUCUAGGGUUUUCCAUGUACAAUAGUAGCCAUCCAUUCUAUCUGGAGUUCCUGAGGAGCCUCAACAUGUCUUGGAGGGAGAACUGUGAACUCACUACCUACCUGGGACCUGCGCUGUCUGCAGCGCUCAUGUUUGACGCUGUCCACGUAGUAGUCAGUGCGGUGCGAGAGUUGAACCGGAGCCAGGAAAUCGGUGUCAAGCAGCUGUCUUGUAGCACAUCACAAAUCUGGCAACAUGGGACCAGUCUGAUGAACUACCUCCGCAUGGUAGAGUACGAUGGACUGACUGGACGGGUAGAGUUUAACAGCAAAGGUCAGAGGACAAAUUACACCCUGCGUAUCUUGGAGAAGGCUGGAGAUGGUCACCGAGAGGUUGGAGUUUGGUAUUCAAACCGCACCUUGGCAAUGAAUGCCACCAGCCUGGACAUCAACGUGUCAGACACUCUAGAGAACAAAACUCUGGUGGUCACCACAAUUCUGGAGAAUCCAUACAUGAUGCGUAAACCGAAUUUCCGUUCUUUAUCCGGCAAUGACCAGUAUGAGGGCUUCUGUGCUGAGAUGUUGAUGGAGUUAGCUGCUCUUCUGAGGUUCAACUACAAGAUAAAACUUGUGGAGGAUGGACUGUAUGGAGCCCCAGAGCCCAACGGAUCUUGGACAGGGAUGGUGGGAGAGCUGAUAAACCGGAAAGCAGACCUGGCGGUUGCUGCGUUCACCAUCACAGCCGAACGGGAAAAAGUCAUCGACUUCUCCAAGCCAUUCAUGACUCUGGGGAUAAGCAUCUUGUACCGAGUACAGAUGGGCCGGAAGCCUGGGUACUUCUCCUUCUUGGAUCCUUUCUCUCCUGCUGUCUGGCUCUUCAUGUUGUUGGCUUAUCUGGCCGUCAGCUGUGUGCUGUUCUUGGCAGCCAGACUGAGUCCCUAUGAGUGGUACAACCCACACCCAUGCCUUCGUGAGCGCCACCACAUCCUUGAGAACCAAUACACACUGGGGAACAGCCUGUGGUUCCCUGUAGGAGGCUUUAUGCAGCAGGGGUCAGAGGUCAUGCCCAGGGCUUUGUCGACAAGAUGCGUCAGUGGUGUCUGGUGGGCCUUCACACUUAUCAUCAUCUCCUCCUACACUGCCAACCUUGCUGCCUUCCUGACCGUACAAAGAAUGGAAGUCCCUAUCGAAUCAGCUGAUGACCUUGCUGAUCAAACCAAUAUAGAAUAUGGAACCAUUCAUGGUGGGUCCACCAUGACCUUCUUCCAGAAUUCCCGAUAUCAAACCUACCAGCGCAUGUGGAACUACAUGAAUUCCAAGCAGCCCAGUGUGUUUGUGAAGAGCACGGAGGAGGGAAUAGCCCGUGUCCUGAACUCUCGCUAUGCUUUUCUACUGGAGUCCACCAUGAAUGAGUACCACCGCAGGCUCAACUGCAAUCUCACCCAAAUUGGGGGAUUACUUGAUACAAAGGGCUAUGGUAUCGGCAUGCCACUAGAAUCACCAUACAGAGAUGAGAUCACACUCGCGAUUCUUCAGCUUCAAGAGAACAAUCGCUUAGAGAUACUAAAACGCAAGUGGUGGGAAGGCAGCAAGUGUCCCAAAGAAGAGGACCAUCGAGCCAAAGGGCUGGGGAUGGAGAACAUCGGAGGUAUCUUUGUGGUUUUGAUCUGCGGUCUAAUCAUUGCUGUGUUUUGUGGCCAUUAUGGAGUUCGUCUGGUCAACAAGACGUUCAGUGGACAAUGAGGAGAUUUCCGUAUGCCAAGAGAUGCUGAGUGAACUUCGCAGCGCCGUGUCUUGCAAGAAGACCUCCCGCUCUCGCCAUCGCCGUAGGCCGCCUCGCCACCUGCACGGAAGGACUCUUCUCUCCCUUAGCCGGCCGCCCCGUGCCACCAGGGAGACACGCCUUUGUAAUGGGCGACUGUAUCAGACCCACCAGCACCCUCCAGCGCCACCUCACCCUCCACCAGCCCCAGGUGCCCAGAGGCUCCACGAGGACCCCACGUCUUCCUCAGGUCGGGGAGGGUGCGCCCAUUUCAGAAUCUGCCAGGAGUGUCGGAGGAUACAGACUCUGAGGGGGCCACCACCGCUGCCGAGACCACCCCAGUCUCCCAAACCACCACCCCCUCCUCCUCCAGAAGAUCUGACACCCCUCUCACAUCAUCGGAGACUGGCAGAUCCCUUAGAUGCCAGUGCCCCUGAGUGA